GUUGACAGCUGUGUUCCUGCAAGUAGUUACAGUUUAUCGGAAGGAUGGUUACCCCGGAGUUUGGGACACCAACAUCGUUUGACGAUGCCGACCGAGCGGUGUCUGUUCCACCCCAAAAGUUGCAGAGUUCAAAGGUAGUAGUUCUUGCAGCGAAAAAGUUGGAGACAGGGAAGGAAGUUCGUGUUGUACUGCCAGAAGAAAAAUACCUUGGACGUCUUCAAGAAAUUAUUGUGAGGGAUUAUUUCCCUGAAUUGCCAAAACUGAAAGCCCAGAAGGAAUAUUUGGACGCAGUUGCGGCUAAUGACUUGACGAAAAUUCGUGAGUUGCAGCUGCGCUACAGCACAAAGCGUACUAUUCGGCGUACUUCACCUAUGAUUGCAAUUGACAGCCCGGCUAUAUUUGAUCCCAAUACACCUGGACCUAGCUCUUACACAAAAUCAAACGUUGCAAAUAGCAAAGAAAAAAGCUUCACAAAGAGGGAAAAGACAUGUGAAAGUCUUACGGUUGAUACUUAUUUGAAUAAGUUCACCUCGGAAGAUAAUGCUUCAUUCGAAGAACUUGCAUUGUUGCACAAAAAGAAGGAACAAAUCCGUAACGCAUGGAUGUAUGAAGCAGAAAGAAAGCAUAAUGAAGAGUUUAUUACCCGCGGAAACGAAUUAAUGAAGGCCGCUGAUGAACAGAUCAUAAUCUCUUUGUCUACUGGAGCCGUCGAAGGAAAGCCUAAAGAGCUUGAUAACUGGGCUUAUAAAGCACGAAAUAUUGUACAUUUUCAUCCUGAAGAGGCACCGUUGACACUGGAUGAGCAUCUUCAAAGACAGACAGCAAAUCAAAGGAUCAUAAACAAAAGCGCCACCCGUUUUUCAGAGGAAGUCAGCAGGGAGAAAAGACAGAUCACUGCAAUUAAAGGAGUGCUGCAGCAGACAGCAGUGAAUGCAGGAAAGGUGGACAUAACAGGGCGUGAAGGAGGUUUUUCUAAGACUGGUGUGGUGGAAUUAAUUGCCACCCCAUCACCAACUCCAGGCGUCGAUGAAUCUCCAUUUAUGACGUGGGGUGAAAUCGAGGGGACGCCAUUUCGGCUUGACGCUUCAGAUAUGGCUACACCAUCUUCUGCUCCCGCUUUUAAGAUUCCUGAAAUACCGGUUCGAGAGAAGAUAGCUCAAAGUAUAGCUGAAACAAUUGCAAAGCGUUAUCAUGAUAAACGGAAAGUGGCUAUGCGACAAGUGGAAAAACAUCAUGCUAGAACACCGAGCUUCGGCUCUAUACGCACUUCAGAAAAGCUUACUACGAUGUCCCCUGCUGCGAGGCGUCUUGCAGCACAUGGGCUUGGAAUUCGAUUGAGCUCAGAUAGAGAGUUAAAGAUCAGUUGCAAUUGCACACCAUCACGGUCAGGGACAUCACAUUCCAUAUGUUCGACUGGUACUCCAGAUUUAUCACAGCUGUUAAAGAAAACAUCAAAGAGAAAUGUAGAGGGCGUUAUCACUCAUGCAGACGCCAACUUAUCCAUAACCGAUAAUUUGCUUAGUUUCGGACAGUCAAGUACUACCGCUGUGAAAAAGAUCCGUCCAUCUGCGGCUGAUUUCUUCUAAUGUUUUAUCACUUUGUGCAUAAUUCGCUACAAAUAAAAUUUUACCGC